AUGGCUCUCACAACAUAUGAAGAGUCGAAGCCAGAACCUGAGGUUUUCAAAGAACCCCCCGAAGUUUGUGUUACGCCAUGCGAUCCAUGGCCACGACCUUAUUAUGUUGAAAAGGGGCUCCUUCGUGUGGCUCCCUACUAUUACACUUACAAUACGUAUUGCAAGGAGAGAUGGAGGGGGAAAAACAUAUUAGAAAUAUUUACUACAGAGUUCAGAGACAGGGCGAAUGGAUACUAUAAAGCCGCGAUCGAUAAUGGAAGAAUUACUAUCGACGGGAAAAUUGCUACGGCCGACAGUAUAAUAAACAAUGGACAGGUCAUUUCGCAUACACUACAUAGACAUGAACCUCCAGUGACUAGUCAACGGAUCAAAAUUAUCCAUGAGGAUGAUGAUAUUAUUGUUAUUGACAAACCUGCUGGUAUACCGGUGCAUCCCGCUGGGAGGUACAACUACAAUUCAAUAAUCGAGAUACUGCGAGCGGAGCGCGGUGUCGGCUGGGUCCCAUAUCCAUGCAAUAGGCUCGAUAGGCUUACCUCUGGUAUCAUGUUUCUUGGAAAGCACCCGAAGGCUGCAGAACAAAUGGCGCACUCAUUACGAUCACGAACUCUUCAAAAAGAAUACAUUGCACGUGUAAAGGGAUAUUUUCCGGAUGGAGUCGUGCUUUGCGACCAGCCAAUGUUGAAAGUUAGCCCUAUUCUUGGGUUGAACCGUGUUAGAGCUACAGGAAAGGAUGCUCAAACGAAGUUCCGCAGGAUCGCAUAUUACCCCCCUGUGAAAAAGGGAGAUGAAUCAAAUGGAGAGACCGCCAACUCACAGGAUCCUGAUUCCAGAGCAUCCACACCGCCACCUUCGCCCGCUGAUGUUGAUGAAGGAUAUAGCAUUGUCCACUGCCUCCCGCUCACAGGACGAACCCAUCAAAUUCGAGUUCACCUUCAAUUCCUCGGUCACCCAAUUACAAACGACCCUAUCUAUUCAAACCGCCGUGUUUUUGGCACCAAUUUAGGCAAAUCCGAAAGUACAGGUGAAAAUGAUGCGGAAAUAAUUGAUCGCCUUUCACGCAUGGGCAAAACCGAACCGGCAGAUUCGCUUUGCUACCAAACAUUCCAGACUCCACCUCCAGAGCGUGUUACUCUAGGUGGUGAUCCAAAUGUUGUCAACGAACUGCUUGCACGCGAGCAUGAUGUUAUGAUAAAUGACUAUCUUAGAAGGAAAUGUGAGAAGAUGAACGGAGAGAAUUGUGACAUCUGCGGUACUGAGCUGUACUCUGACCCAGGCAUACACGAGAUGGGUAUAUUCCUUCAUGCCGUUGCAUAUGCUGAUAUGGCGGGAAAAUGGAAGUACAAGAGCCAGAUGCCUGAAUGGGCUAUGCCGCCUAAGGGUGCUGAAGGCCCAACAGAGGCACCAGAGUGGGCCGAAGACGCGGAUGGUGCCGUUGUUAUUGGGAAAGGCAUGAUGGAAGAUGAUGAAACAGCUUUGGUAGAAGGGUUGGGGACUAUCAACUUGACCAAGUUGAAGGAGGAGAAUAUGAAAGCUGAACCCGUUGCGGCCUAG